AAAGGGGCCACACCAAAACCACACGGCCGCGCUUGGGCGAUGGACCCGAGCUGCCUGGACCCGUGCUGCCUGGACAGGGAAGGCUGGAACGAGGCCUUGAGUGCGCUGUCGAUCCCUGCGGCGCCUGGCGGCAGUUGGCGGGCCUUUCCCCAUCUCUCUUCCCGACGCGUCUUCAGCGAGCGGAUCCGGGAGCGCGCGAAUCUGGUGCUCCAAGUGGUGCGGCUAUUCGGCGACGGCCUGGAGCCAGACUGCCAGCUCUGCCAGAUCGGAGGUGGGUAUGCAGAACACCUCGGGGGACCGCGACAUUGGUCGCGGCUCUGCGAUUUCUUGGGCGAGGGUCCGGUAGAGUCACACCUCGAGGGCUUCUGGAACAUGCAGCGGCUCAGGGGCGGGUGGCUGCGUUUGAACGAGCUGGACGGGCGGCUGCAGAUCUGCAAGGGCGCGGACUUUCCGGCAGCAGCCGGCUUGAAGCCGCCUUGCGGCCAGUUGCCAGCCGGCGUUGCACCCCCGCCAGAUGCACCGACGCGAGGGGCGGAGCUGCCCAGCUGUGCAAGCCUGGCGCAAGAGGGCAGCUGGGUGGAAAUCUGCGAGCCUCUCAGUUGGUCAGCGCGGCCCAAAGCAGACUGGCGUCUGUACGCGCACCUGGGCUCGCAGCGCGCUUUCCGGGAGGGAAUGCGACCCCGUGCAGAGAUGGUUGUGAAUGCCAUGUCCAGCUGGGCGCGAAUGGGGUGGAUCGCACCGAGCUUGGAGUGCCGGAUUUGCGAUGGCUGCCGGGGCUAUGAGGAGCAUUUGGGAGGGCCCAAGCACUAUGCGACCCUGAGUCAGAGGUACAUGUUGGAUGGCGUUGCGGUGGAGGAAGUGCGUGAACAGCUAUGGAACAGCUGGCCUGUUCCUGGAGGCAGGCUGCGCAUCAAUGAGCUGGACGGCGCCAUCCAGAUGCUCAAGGGCGAGCUACGCCCACCACACGCCCCGCCGCACGGCAAGCACAGCCCGCCGCGCGGCCAGCGCGGCCCUCCCCGGUUCGGGGACUCUCCUUCGUCGACUGUGACUUUCGCAGCCCGCGACGAGGACAUGAGCAGCGUGUUGGGGGUGGUGGGCGCACAAGAAGAGGCUCAGAUCUGGAGCCAGAAGUGUGCGGCGGCGCACAUUGCCUGGCAACGCUGGUGGUGCAAGUCCGUCGCCACGCAUGAGAAGCUGGAAAAUCUGCGGAAAGUGGUGGAUUUGACGGUCGUGUGCAGUGUCUGCAGCGCUGCGACGACCGAUCUAAGAUCACACGUACGCACCCAACAUCACUUCGAGCGGCUAAUGCUCCAGCUGAGCUCUGGCAAGACCCCGCACCAGCGCGUCACCAUAUCAGGCAGGAUGCUCCUGCUGCGCCACGAGGACCUCACGCUGCUUGAUUGCCCGGAACCCGCCGAGAGCGCGCAAAAGGCGGCCGCGGCGGAUGGAUCCAUCGAAGAGGUGUGAGGCGGUUUGGGGAAAAUCGGUUUACGGCAAAUGGUUGUUGUAGAUCGGUGGCCUCUGGAUUGAGGCAUGGUUUGGGUUUGGGCAGAGGUUGGGUUUGGGCUGAGCUCGGUGACUGUUGUGCUGGUCUUUUUCUGUGGAUGAAGUCCUGGAACUUUCCGU